UGCCAAUCAGACCAGUCAAAGCUUGGCCCCGCUCCCUCAUGGCGCCCCGCCCCCUUCAGCUUCGCGGCCACAGCUCGCGGAGACUGCGAUCCUCGGCGCAAAAUCCUGCGGGAGAGGGGCGGGGCAACGCUCGGCAGGCUGGGCGCCCGCCGGCUGCCUCGUUGUGGCUCCUCCGGCUCCGGCGGCGUUCACCCAGCCGCCUUCUAGCGGCGCGGCGCUGGCUCCUUCGCCUAAAAUGACCAAUGUGUGAUUUCAGUGUAAUAAAUGGCGUCCAAAGUCACAGAUGCUAUAGUCUGGUAUCAAAAGAAGAUUGGAGCAUAUGAUCAACAAAUAUGGGAAAAAUCUGUUGAACAAAGAGAAAUCAAGUUUAUUAAAUUGGGGUUAAGGAAUAAACCAAAGAAAACAGCCCAUGUGAAACCAGACCUCAUAGAUGUUGAUCUUGUAAGAGGGUCUGCAUUUGCUAAGGCAAAGCCUGAAAGUCCUUGGACUUCUCUGACUAGAAAAGGAAUUGUUCGAGUUGUAUUUUUUCCCUUUUUUUUCCGGUGGUGGUUACAAGUAACAUCAAAGGUCAUCUUUUUCUGGCUUCUUGUACUUUAUCUUCUUCAAGUUGCUGCAGUAGUGUUAUUCUGUUCCGCUUCUAGCCCACAUAGCAUACCUCUGACAGAAGUGAUUGGGCCAAUAUGGCUGAUGCUGCUCCUGGGAACCGUGCACUGCCAGAUUGUUUCAACAAGAACCCCCAAACCUCCUCUAAGUACAGGGGGUAAACGAAGAAGGAAAUUAAGAAAAGCAGCCCAUUUGGAAGUACAUAGGGAAGGAGAUGGUUCUAGUACCACAGAUAACACACAGGAGGGAGCAGUUCAGAGCCACGGUACAAGCACAUCUUACAGCGUUGGUGCUGUCUUCAGAGAUCUCUGGCAUGCUGCUUUCUUUUUAUCAGGAUCGAAGAAAGCAAAGAAUUCAAUUGAUAAAUCUACAGAAACUGACAAUGGCUAUGUAUCCCUUGAUGGGAAAAAGACUGUUAAAAACAGUGAAGAUGGAAUACAAAACCAUGAACCUCAGUGUGAAACUAUUCGACCAGAGGAGACAGCCUGGAACACAGGAACACUGAGGAAUGUUCCCAGCAAAGAUACCCAAAGGACAAUAACAAAUGUCUCUGAUGAAGUCUCCAGUGAGGAUGGUCCUGAGACAGGAUACUCACUACACCGUCGUGUGGACAGGGCUUCUGAAAGCAUUCUUCGGAGCAGAAAGUCACACCAUUAUAAGAAACACUACCCUAAUGAGGAUGCCCCUAAAUCGGGUACUAGUUGCAGCUCUCGCUGUUCAAGUUCCAGACAGGAUUCUGAGAGUACCAGGCCAGAAUCUGAAACAGAAGAUGUAUUAUGGGAAGACUUGUUACAUUGUGCAGAAUGCCGUUCAUCUUGUACCAGUGAGACAGAUGUGGAAAAUCCUCAGAUUAAUCCAUGUGUGAAAAAAGAAUAUAGAGACGACCCUUUUCAUCAGAGUCAUUUACCCUGGCUCCAUAGUUCCCACCCAGGAUUAGAGAAAAUAAGUGCUAUAGUAUGGGAAGGCAAUGACUGUAAGAAAGCAGACAUGUCUGUGCUUGAAAUCAGUGGAAUUAUAAUGAAUAGAGUAAACAACCAUAUUCCAGGAAUAGGAUACCAGAUUUUUGGAAAUGCAAUCUCUCUAAUCCUGGGUUUAACUCCAUUUGUUUUCCGACUCUCUCAAGCUACGGACUUGGAACAACUCACAGCGCAUUCUGCUUUAGAACUUUGUAUGAUUGCAUUCGGUUCCAAUGAAGAUGUUACAGUUCUUUCGAUGGUUAUAAUAAGUUUUGUAGUUCGUGUGUCUCUUGUGUGGAUUUUCUUUUUUUUGCUCUGUGUAGCAGAAAGAACUUAUAAACAGCGAUUACUUUUUGCAAAACUAUUUGGACAUUUAACAUCUGCAAGGAGGGCUCGAAAAUCUGAGGUUCCUCAUUUCCGGUUGAAGAAAGUACAGAAUAUAAAAAUGUGGCUAUCUCUUCGUUCUUAUCUUAAGCGUCGAGGUCCUCAGCGAUCAGUUGAUGUAAUAGUUUCAUCUGCCUUCUUGUUGACUAUCUCAGUUGUAUUUAUCUGUUGUGCCCAGCUGCUUCAUGUGCAUGAGAUCUUCCUUGAUUGUCACUACAACUGGGAACUGGUAAUCUGGUGCAUCUCGCUAACACUUUUUCUCCUAAGAUUUGUUACACUUGGAUCAGAAACGAGUAAAAAAUAUAGCAAUACCUCAAUAUUACUUACUGAACAGAUAAACCUCUACUUGAAAAUGGAGAAAAAGCCUAACAAAAAAGAAGAACUGACAUUAGUGAAUAAUGUGUUGAAAUUGGCUACUAAACUCCUAAAGGAAUUGGAUAGUCCCUUUAGAUUAUAUGGGCUCACAAUGAAUCCGCUGCUUUAUAACAUCACCCAGGUUGUCAUCCUAUCAGCUGUUUCUGGUGUUAUCAGUGACUUGCUUGGUUUUAACCUAAAGCUGUGGAAGAUUAAAUCAUGACAAUUCAGAAAAAAGAUGUAGCCUCUUUUCCAGAAUAAGAGUACUGACUAAGCUGCCUGAAAGCAGUCACUGAUUCUUUGCUUCAGGAGUCUCAGCUGGGAAAUUGAAGUGUUUACAUCAGACUUUCUUGUGCAAUUCUUAUAUUUAUUUUACUUUCACUGUUUUUUUACAUUUAUUUUCGUCUUUAUAUUUUAUUUUUAAGCAUUGAUGUACUUAGUGUUGAAAGGGUGAUGAAACUGAUAUCCAUAUACUUGAGAUCCUAGUAAUUGCUUAUAAAUAAUUGGCAAAAUAACAAAUUGUGAAAACUGAAGCCAUUGCUAAGCACUGUUUCUACAUCAAUGCCGUGAACUUGCCUUACUGUAGGAAAAAUUCUUGAACUUUGGAAUAAUACAUUGAACUCAGCUAAACAAAUACAGCAUUUUCUUUGGUAAAUCAAGAUUCAGUCAGGGUUCCUCUUAAAUGAUUAUUUUUGAACAAUGCCAGGAUCUAAAUUGAUUAAGCUGCAGUUUAAGCACCCUUCAGUAUUAAUAUAUAUGGUAUUACAUAACAGGUCAACAAGUGCUCUUUAAAACUCAUAAUAGAGCAAUAAUUGUAAAUGGUUACCAUACUGUAAAAUAUUUUGAUAAAAAUUAACUAGUAAUAAUUGUAUUUAUUUGAAACACUGGGCUGUUUGCACAGCUCCAACUGUGCAUGCUCAAAAUGUGCACUUUUAAAAAUUAUUACUUUUAAUGCGUAUCUUUAUAUGGGGUAUGUUAUAGUGUACUCGGGCAUGAUAUGGAUACUUUUGAAUGAGGUAUGUACUCAUCUCACAAGUGAAGUGCCUAUUGAUAUUACUAAAGUACAUUAUGUUUACUCAAGCAAAAUCAUUCUCUCUCUGGUACACUAUAGUGUAUGCUGUCCAUACCACACUCAAAUGAACAACUUAAGAAUAAGGUUAACGAUCAAUAAAAUGUUCCUCUGACUAUUAGUUAUGAAGCUACAUCCAAAUAUUCAGAAAAGACAGCUUCAGCCUGCAAAUCUAUCUGGUGCAUUCUCCCUACCCCACCCCCAUUAUAUAAGGGCUAUUUUAGAUGCUUUUAACCUGGAAAGUUAACCUCCCUUUCUGCCAAUAAUUUGCCAAGUGUCCAGUGAGAGCUUAUCAUGUUGGCAUAUUAGGUAAAUAGGGCAAAUAUGACAGCUUCUCACAUUGGGCUUUGAUUUCAGUUUUUAUAUUGGUACAAUCAAGAGUGUUUUAGGAAUUACAUGAAACAAAAUGUUUUUGCGGUUUUUUUUUUUAAACAUCUGGUUUCUAAAACAAAAUUUAUUUGAAACAAUCUAGAAUUUUCUUGGUGCAAAGUGUUAUCAUGUUGAAUAUUCUCACAUUUUUACCAUAUUUUAAGGAAUUUAAGAUAAUUAAUUGUAAAUAAUUUCUUUGGUGCAGUUCUAAUCCCCAAAUCAUAAUCUUAAAGUGAGGGGUGUGUGAACGGAGCUGUGUCAGAUCACUCUGCUCUCACCAUUCCUUUUGGUCAGGCUCAGUCCAGCCUCCUUGUGUAGUAUAUUUUCUUCCUAUAGCAAACAACAGAAAGCAUUUUGUUUUAGUUGCCUAUGUUUUAAUGUGUUUAAAUAAUGACCAAAGUACAUUCUGAAUUUUUUUCAAGGAAUGUAAUACUGGAGCUUUAAAAACAUACUUACUUUCUCAUGUGAAAAAUUAGGCUUUGUCUGAUAUGUUUCUUCCUCCUCUAUUGUCUCAUGUUGAGGUUGUUUUUAGGAAUUACAUUUUAUAAACUUUUUCAAAAUUAAGGUACAUACCUAUAAAGAACUUAACAUUUUGCACAGAAUAUAUCAAAUAUAUUUUAAGAAAAAAAGUACAGCAUGAGUUCUGUUAGGAGUAAGAGAUGAAACUGUUGUAUCUCACACAAAAAAACCCUUAUAUCAGAAUGGAAAUAUUUUUGAGAAAAGUAGCUGAGUAUAAUGGCUUAGGAAAAUGCUUGUUUUAGAUUGAAGUACAAUUUAACUUAGAGUUGGAAGUUGAUUUAUUAAAAUAGUACAAUAUACCUCUCAAUAACUUAUUAGUAAUAUGUUGAAUUAUGUCAUUAAUGUGGGCAGCAGUGGGGUACUAAAAGGAAAAAGUUGUCAUUUUAAGCGAUUUCAGAACAUUACCAACUAUUUUCAAAGCAGAAAAAUUGACAUUGUUGCCUUUAAGAAUACCACGAAUGUACAAAAUUGAAAGAUAUUGUAAUUGUCACAUAGAAAAGACAAUUCAAAAAUAGAAUUUUUUUUGCCAUGUGUGUUGUAUUUGAAAGUUUGAACGGCAAAUUUAAAAUAAAAUAUUCUAUGACA